GCGCGAAGUUCAAAAUGGCUGAAAAGUGAAAAUCAAAGGUCAGGUGUCAGGUCGUCGUAUAAAACAGAUAAAGAAAUCAUAUUUAUAUUUAUUAUAAUUGCGGAUAAAUAUGACGUCUAAUAAUGUAAAUUCCCGACGUUAUUUAUUUGAGUAAUUACUUGAAAUUUUAAAAAAUGCAUGCGUUUAUCUCCAGUCAUGGAAGUAAUAGAAUUAUUUGAUCGUUUAAAUGAAAGUCUGGACACGAGUUUCCCCUGGAAUUGGAUAGGUCCUUUGUUAGACAAGUACGAGAUAUCAUCACGUGUAAUAAUAAUAACCUUGGCCUGUUUCCUGGGUAUUUUGUUCAUCAGUUUGUUUUUAAUUCUGCGAAAAUGGAAAAACAAAGAAUUUUUACCGGAAGUGAAAGAGUUUGUUGGAGUCAGUGGCAAGCCCCGGUUCCGAAAACGAGACAAAGUAUUAUUUUAUGGAAGGAAAAUGCUGAGAAAAGUAAAAAGUAUCAGUGGACAGGUAAAUUCAUCAUCUGGACAAGGAAAAAAACGACGAGCUGUAAUGAGAUUUGCUAGGAGGCUGCUGCAAUUAAAGAAAGAAACUGUUCCGCAGCAGCUUAAAGUUCUAGAACCUCCUGCUGAGUAUCUAGAAGAAGAUCUAGGUCCUGGUGAACGUGUACCACCAGAUGCGCUGUACAUUCUUCAGAGUAUUCGCGUGUUUGGACAUUUUGAAAAACCGGUUUUUUUGAAAUUGUGCAAACACACGGAAAUUAUGAACCUGCCAGCGGGAACUAUGUUGUUUAAAAUUGGAGAUCCUGAUGAAAACGUCUUCAUUGUCCAACAGGGGCUGGUUAAUGUUUACAUUACGGGGUCAGAUGGGGCGCAGAUUCCGCUGAAGCUGGUGAAAACUGGUGAAAGUGUAACCAGUCUUUUGAGUUUUACUGACGUCCUGACUGGACACACGAGCACCUACAAGACCGUCUCCGCGAGAGCUGUUGAAGACUCGGUGGUGGUUAAAUUACCAAUGAGCGCAUUCCAAGAAGUAUUUCAGGAUCAUCCGGAUGCUUUUAUUCGAGUCAUUCAGGUAAUCAUGGUCCGUCUUCAACGAGUAACAUUCACUGCAUUGCAUCAGUAUCUUGGACUAUCAGCAGAGCUUGUAAAUCAAGGAACGACAGCUAAAAAAAAGCAGAGCCCAUUCUCUGGAUCUCCGGUACGAUCGCGAACUCGGGAAAAUUUCGAUCUUACACCCACGGACAAAACUCUGGAUCUUUUACACCAGACACCGACGCAACCAGUGAGUAUCAACAGCAAGAAGCCAAAGCACGAGUGGAAAGUUUCUGAUGAACCGACUCCGGACAUGGUACCAGAGUGUGAUCAUCACUGGUCUGAUUCCUCGCAUCCUGGCAGCCGGAAACGGUCAGCAGUUGACGUGCCGCUGAUAUCAGCGCCCCAGGAUGAAGCUCAGCUGGUACAGAUCGCGACCGAUGCGUUUGUCAAGGAACUGGGUCUUGAAGAUGACUCGGUCCUCAAAGACGGCAAGGUCCAGAUCCGUGAAGUUGCCGCAGGGACUUAUUUGAUGAAGGAAGAAUCCAAUAAAGACAUCGCCUUGGUAUAUGUGCUCUCAGGAUCACUGGUGAUAAGUCAGAGAGGAUCUGAAGGAGGCCGCAGCUUUGAUUCCAGUGAGCAGGUUCAUAUGUUCAGUGCUCACGCCGGAGAAGUUGUUGGUGGUCUUGCUGUUCUUACCGGUGAACCGUCAUUCUACACCAUCAGAGCAAAACAUCCAAGCAGGAUUGGGCUACUCAGUAAACAAACAUUUUUUGCAAUAAUGCGAGAAAAACCAACGAUAGUUUUGCACGUCGCCAACACCGUGGUCAGAAGGCUGAGUCCUUUCGUAAGACAAGUUGACUUUGCAUUGGACUGGCUCUUUUUGGAAAGCGGUCGGGCCGUUUACCGGCAGGGAGAUGAGUCAGACUCGACAUUUAUUGUACUGAGUGGCCGAUUACGGUCAGUAAUUACUCAUAAAAAUGGGAAAAAGGAAUUAGUUGCCGAGUAUGGAAAAGGUGAUCUUGUUGGAAUCGUUGAAAUGGUAACUCAGACACCAAGAUCUACAACUGUAAUGGCUGUCAGGGACUCAGAGCUUGCUAAAUUACCAGAAGGACUCUUCAAUGUUAUUAAAUUACGAUAUCCUAUUGUUGUUACUAGAUUAAUUAACUUAUUAGGUCAUCGAAUUCUUGGAACCUGGCAGCAAGCGGCUACCACUAGAUCAUCGAUAAAAAGCCAGCACCGAACAACAGCGACGACCUUUGACGCCCGUCCAUCCCAAGUUAACUUUUCAACAGUCGCGAUAGUUCCAGUUUCUGAAGAUGUUCCGCUUACUGCUUUUACUUAUGAGCUCUAUCACUCGCUAUGUGCAAUUGGACCCUGUCUACGCCUGACCUCUGAUGUCGUUCGCAAGACCUUGGGGACCAGUAUCAUGGAGACACCGAAUGAGUACCGAUUGACAUCCUGGUUGGCUCAACAGGAAGACCAGCACCGAAUUUCUCUCUAUCAAUGCGACUCGACCUACUCUGCCUGGACCCAGAGAUGUGUACGUCAAGCAGAUUGUAUUUUAAUUAUUGGUCUUGGUGACAAACCCCCGACUCUUGGAAGAACUGAGCGAGAGGUUGAGAGACUAGCGAUGCGGACGCAAAAAGAGCUGGUGCUUCUUCAUAAAGAACAUGGCCAGAAGCCUAGCAAUACUGUCGAGUGGUUAAAUAUGCGCAGUUGGGUCUCUAGUCAUCAUCAUAUUCAAUGUCCCAAGAGAAUGUUCACCAGAAGGUCACAGUAUAGAAUUAAUGAAUUGUAUUCAAAAGUGCUCAUGUCGGAGCCAAAUGUGCACAGCGAUUUCAGCCGACUGGCGCGCUGGCUCACGGGAACAUCAGUGGGAUUAGUUCUUGGUGGUGGAGGAGCACGAGGUGCCGCACACAUCGGGAUGCUGAAAGCUAUAAUGGAAGCUGGGAUCCCCAUCGAUAUGGUCGGCGGUGUCAGUAUCGGAUCAUUUAUGGGUGCGCUUUGGUGUAUGGAAAAAAAUAUCACGACGACGACACAAAAGGCCAGAGAAUGGUCUAAAAAAAUGACCCAGUGGUGGAGGCAAAUAUUGGACUUGACCUAUCCGAUGACCUCGAUGUUCUCUGGCAAAGAUUUUAAUAAAACGAUUCAGGCAACAUUUGGAGACACUUAUAUCGAAGAUCUAUGGCUACCUUUCUUUAUAAUCACGACAGACAUCACGGCUUCUUGUAUGCGCACGCACACACAUGGAUCGCUGUGGCGUUACAUUAGGAGCUCGAUGUCAUUGUCUGGUUAUAUGCCACCGUUGUGUGAUCCAACCGACGGCCAUCUUCUUCUUGACGGCGGGUACGUCAAUAAUCUGCCAGCUGACAUCAUGCUGAGACAAGGAGCCCACCACAUUCUAGCGAUUGACGUCGGAUCACAAGACGACACCGAUCUAACUAAUUACGGAGAUUCAUUGUCUGGAUGGUGGCUGCUCUGGAAACGCUGGAACCCAUUUGCAACUCCCGUAAAAGUUCCCAAUUUACCUGACAUCCAGUCGCGGCUGGCAUACGUCAGCUGCGUAAGACAACUAGAGGAAGUAAAGUCAUCAGACUACUGUGAGUACAUUAGACCUCCAAUUGACAAAUACAAGACCCUGCAGUUCGCGAACUUUGAUGAAAUCAAAGACGUGGGUUACCAUCACGGGAGAACUUAUUUUGAGGGCCAGUCAAAAGCUGGAGUACUCCCGAGGUUCAAUGCCGAUCGCGAGACUGCUAAAGCUCUACGUGCUAAACAUCAAUCGAAUCAGGACAGCAUUUCUUCUUAUACUUUUACUGAUCUAGCUCAGAUGGUCUGCAAGGUUUCCACGCGAAACCGCAGAUACGAUCUGGAUAUUGAUUCCGAGUCUGAUGAAUUCGAGGAAUAUGAAGCUGAUCUUGAAGAAGAUACUCAUGAAGUUGGUUAUGCUUCUGAACCUACUGCUGGUAUUUUAGAUCAGAGUCCUGAUGACAAACGUUUAAGACGUCGCCCAGGAAUUUCGCUGAGUCUCUCAGAUACAGAAGCUGAAUCAGAGUUAGAGUAUCACCCAAAGUUGUUUAAUUUGUAAAAAAAAUCU